GGAGCAGCCGUCUGUCCUCUCCCAUAGUUCCACUGAGGUAAGAGAUGAAAAGGAGAAUCUGACAACCUCAGAGGAGGUCAUUAAUAAUAGAGCAAGACCACAAGAGUCCUUUCCAGAAGUCCGCAGUACAUUUGAGAGAUGGGAAACAUGCCACAAGUCAACACAGAAACAGCAGAAAGCUUUGCCCAGGACGCACCACACCGAGGCAGCGAAAGGAGGUCAGGCAUAUAUGAUAUUGCACCUCAGCCUCACACUGCAAAGAGUGGCUUCUCAGCUCUCAAUGAGAAAACAACACCUUUGGCUCAGGCUAGGGAUCAUCACAUCGAUCGUAGUGAUGCAAAGGUACUGGAGCCUGACUCUCCUCAGUUGCCAGGCAAGUCAAUACUGCACUCUGCACCAUCUUGGGCUGACACCCCACCCUCUCCCAAGAAAGGGGAUGAGGAUAUGGAACCGGGGAUAAGCUGUCCCAGUGCAGUGACUCCCUCAGCCAAACCAGAGCCUUUGGCCCCAUCUGCACAUACAAGAAUGUUCGGUAAGAAACAUGCACGGGGCAGGAGGAGACUAAUGCAUUCAAGUGUAGGAAUCAGAAGGCAGCUAAGUGUAGAAGGAGACAGUGCUCCACCUUCUGCCCAAAAUCCCAGUAUGCCCUCCAGCAAAAGCUCCCUUAUUCCUGAUCAGAUGGAAACUGCCCACCAGAAUAUUAGCAGUCAAACACAGAAGCUUGUGACAGAGAGUUUACCAUCGCGCAUGUGCACUCGCUCCUACGGUUCACAAAGUAGCCCAAAGGUCUGUCCUCAAGAGAGAAGGAAGCCAGGUUCAAAGCCUGGUCCAAAACCAGGUUCAAAACUAGGUGUUAAGCCAGGUCCAAAGCCUGGUCCAAAGCCUGGUCCAAAAUCAAAUAUAAAACCUGGUCUAAAGCCUAGUCCAAAAUCAAUUUCAAAACCUAGUCCAAAACCAGGUCCUAAACCUGAAGUUAUGCCUAGUGUAAAACCUGGUCCCAAACAAAGUUUAAAAUGCACAGGGUCCACAGAAAAUGCAAAGCCUGGUACAAAACCUGGUUUAAAGCCAGGUCCUAAAUCUGGUCCAAAAUCUGGUUCUAAACUAGGCUCAAAGCCUGGGGCUUUACCAGAAAUACUUGUUCCAAAGCCAAGUCAAACCACCACAGAGUCAAAACCAAUUGAGGGGGCAGUGCCUAAAGGUCCAGGUCGACCAAGAGGCAUCACUUCUAAGAUAAAAUCAAUAAAAAGAGAUGAAAAUAUUCAGAUUACAAAAGACCAUAACAAGGACACACAUGAACUUAUUUUGCAAGAUGUAAACACAGCAUUAACUAUGGACACACUUGUCGGUGUGGUGGACAACACUAAGAAUGAAACUGUGGGUUCCACUUUGGAGUCUACUCUAGCAAGCAGUUGUGUAAAGUCUUUAGCAAGAGAUCAAAAGUCCAUGGUGCUGAGAUCACGAAAACAAACAAGAGAAAAGUUGACUGAAGAUAAAGAGCAAGAAAGUGAUAAAUCAACUGAGACACCUUCAGCAAUGCUCAUACACUCACAAAUACAGAAUGUUACUCUGGAUCAGUCAUGUAAAACUGAAUCUUCAAAUCUUGAACUACCUAAGCAGAAGGAUGUCUGUACAGAUUCACUUCAACAACCGAAUGAAGAGAUAGUUUCCAUCAAAAGAAAAUCCAGUUUACCAUCAUUAGACACCAAAAAGAGGAAGAAAGGUGUGCAAGAGAGUCGAGUGAAGACAAAGGAGCCUCCAUUAGAUACAGUCACAGGAGUCUGUAUUGCAAAGGGAAAGCGAAAGAGAGGACAACAUUUGCUAGCAGAAUCUGUAAGCACCACUAUAACCGCUGAUAACCCUCCCACUGAUGACAUAAGUGACAUGCCUUCUGUACCUCCUCAGUGUCCCACUAAAACCAAGUAUUUGCCUCCUCGGAAAGGCAGGGGACUUAAAUAUGAGGCAAUGGUUCAGAAAAUCACAUCCCCAGGGUCCAAAAAGCAAACUUUAAAUAUUCAACCAGAUAUUGUACCAGACGAAUCAACAUCAAAACCAGUGCCACAGGUACCAGAGCUGAAGGAGACAAUAACCGCCCCCGAGGUGACUCACAUGGAGGGCGAAAGCACAAUAAGUAAUCAAGAGACCCAAAACACAGAAAUUCAAACUCCAAGGAAGAAGAGGAGAAAGUGGGCCACCGUAGAGAGCAGCGAUGCACCAGAUGUAGCCCUGGAGGCUGGGAGCCUCGUCAUCAACACUCCAAGGCUAGCCAAACAGAGAGCCAUUAAAAACAACCACGAGAUGCAUCUAAAGCAACGAAAGAAGAGAAGAAAAGGCAUUGAACCACAAGAAAGCAUCCCCAUUGUGGAGCAACAGGAGCCUAACCAGACUGAUAUUUUGCCCCCACCUCAACCCUCCUUCUCUUUACCAGAAACAGGUGAACAGGCACAGUAUGAGGAGCCACCAACAGAAUUGUGCUUACCAUUAAUAAAACCAAAACGAGGCAGGCGGCCAUCACUCAAAAUGAAACAGGAGGAACUCUCAAGUCGAACAGAAGAUGACAAAGUAAAGGAGAAAAAAAAGCCUGGCCCGAAAAAAAAGGUUUUGAAUGUCCUCAAAGUUGUAGUGAAGAGACCUAAGAUCAAGACAAAAUGCAGCAAUGAUCUCCCCCCAACAGUGAAGGGGACAUUAUCAGACUUGCAUCCAGCACUAGGUGAUAGCAAAUGUUCUUUCAGACCAUAUGUACACAUUGACAGCUCUUUGGAGCUAGCAUCUCUUUGUACUAUCGUCAACAGGCCUGAGGAAGAGCAGAUGCUCAGCCAGGCAAGAAAAAAGAGUGCAGCUAAAAUGAAAAAUCUAGUCACAGUUACCAAGGCAGUAUCAAACUCCUCAGUAAUGCUCCAGGGGCCCUUAGUUAACAAAAGCCUAAUUGAAAGGUGUCUAACGUGCUGCCUAUGUGGAAAGCCAGCAAAUUACAGGGAGCUUGGGGACUUGUGCGGCCCCUAUUAUCCUGAGGACUGCAUACCACGAAAAAUGCUGUCUUCAACACACAGAAAUGAUUUCAGGCAAAACAGCAACUGUGCAAAUGAGACAGAGGUCAGCUGCAUCGCAGAGCAGAUCAACUCACAGAGUGCAUGUGUGAAGGACGUUUUUCAAGAUGCAAAUGAAGGACAUAGCGGGCAUCCCAGGAGGGGGAAAAGGGCAAUUAGGGAACCAUUAAGAACCCGCCCCACCUUGCGGAUGAGAUUUAAAAGACUGCUGCUGUUGCAGAGCAGACUUAGUGGAGCUUCUCCCCCUGCUGGUGAGGAGGGCAGUGGAACGGCUCUGCAGAGAUUGCAGAUGGAGGCUGAGGCGAAAGAGCACUGGGCUCAUGAAGCUUGUGCUGUCUGGACCACAGGCAUAAUCCUGGUAGCAGGCAAACUCUUUGGGCUGAAGGAGGCUAUUCAGAAAGCUGCAAAUGCAAAAUGCUCCAGGUGCCAAGGUGAAGGAGCUUCCAUCUGCUGCAGCUGGAAGAGCUGUACUCAGAGGUACCAUUAUGUCUGCGCCAAAGAGACGGGCUGCACGUUUCAAGAAGAGACCUUCUCUAUUAAGUGUCCGAAUCACAAGGCAAUGUAACAUACCGGCGGCGCAUGAGGACUGGUGAAUGUCACCUAUGCAGUAGAACAAGGACAUGCGUCUGCCUGUGUGCUGCAAGUCGCUGUGGACACCCGAAACUGGGAAAAAAACUGGGGCUUCAGUCGAAGCACAAAGAUACUGUAGCAAUACCGACCCAAGAUCAGAUCAUCUCCGAAUCCAUCCGGCCCGGCCCAAACACAUAAACCUUCAUGACCAAAAGCUGAAAAAGGGAAAGACACUUUUGUUAUGAAUCCGAAUGUGCCAUUCUUCCAUUUUAUUCCGUAUUCUAGAGCGGAUGUUAUCAGUCGGAGACACCUGGUGGUGGAUUUGGCCUGCUGCCCCGAGCACUAGCUGGCACGCGUGUGUUUCCACUGUGGAAGAGGGAUUGAAAUUUGAAGAUGUCAUGCAACACUGGAUGUAUUUCAAUGGACACUUACAUGUUACAAAGAAAAAAAGUGAAAAGUGAAAUUGUACAUGGUGUGCUUUACAGGUCUAAAUAUUCUGAUAUCAUGAAAAAAAAACAUAUAAAUGCAUUAUUUUAAUAUACUGCUACUCCAAGAUGUAGGCUUAUUUUCAUGUGCAUUUGAAGACAAAACAGCAUCACUGAGAUGUCCAACAGUGUAUCCGAUAUACAUUUUUUAUAUAUAUACGUUCAUACAGUGUUGGGGGUGAUGUAAUCAGAUUAUUUUUUCAAGGAAUUUAAGUAACAAGUUACUUUUGUUUUCCCAUUUAUUGAAUGAAUUUGCAUUUCCUUCAGCCUGGGGCUUACUCAUUUCACUUUUGGUGUGAAAGGGCCUUUACAUUUGACAAAAAUAUAAUUUUUUUUUUGUUAUUAAAGAAAAAACAAGCAAGCCCAGCCCAGGUGAGAAAAAGUAACGCAAAAAUAACGUAAUGCAUUACUUUUUAUAAAAAGUAACUAACAUAAUUAGUUACUUUUUUAGGGUGCAACACAAUAUUGUAACACAUUAUUUUUUAAAAGUAACUAUCCCCAACACUGCGUUCGUAUUAUGUGUAUCAGCUUCUCCGCAUUUAUUAAAGGGAUUAUAAAAAUUUUGUCAUCCUUUACUUGCCCUUAUGUCAUUCAAAACCCUCAUGACUUACUUUCUUUUGUGAAAAAAACAAAAAUGCCAUAUUGUAGAACAACAGCACAUCGGAAAUUGUCUGGGAAUAGUGAUUUAAAUUUCAGUCUCAUCACAUGACUUGAAAUAUAGCACUCUUAGAAUAGGUUUUUAUGAUAACGUUUUGUCAUUUUGGAGCUUGACAACCCCAGUCCCCCAUUCACUUUCAUUGAGUGAAAAAGGGCAGCUUGGACAUUCUUCUAAAUAACUCAACUGAAGAAAUAGUCAUAUGGGUUUGGAAAAAAAACAUCUAGAUGAGUAAAUAAUGACAAAAUUGUAAUUUUGGUUGAACUUUGAUCUUACGAAAGCCUCAGCACAGUGAAGAGAUCCAUAUCACAAACAGAUCUUACAUUUACAUUCAUGUUAUUUGUGAAAUGAUGCAGAAGACAACGUGAAAAACUGAAACUGAGAAUUCAUAGUCAUUUAAUCAGAUGUAUAUGUGACUGACAUACAGUAUUAUAGGCUUCACUUCACUGCAGUAUUACAGGUAAGACCGCGCAUAGAGAUGACAGAACCAUCACGUAAUUAUUGGAUUCCUAAUUCUAAGUAAUUGUGUAUAUAAGUAUUUGAUGCUGUUUAAAUGUAAGAUGUGAUGUACUAUUAUAAUUGUGUAUAGUAUUUCUUAGAGAUGUUUAUUUUCUAUAAAACAAAUAUGUUAUUGCUUACAAAAGUUAUUAAAACAAUGAAUUAAAAGGA